AUGGCAGACAACACUUGUGCAAACCCCCUGCUUUUGGGCUGGAUCAAGGAAUGGCUGGAGCAGGCCCGCCAGCGCAACUCGAAAGGAGUGACUGUGUACAAAAAGGCCUAUGAUUCCAUGAAAGCUUGUCCCUUGACCUUCCGUCACCCAUCAGAAGCACAGCAGUUGAAUGGCCUUGGCCCAAAGUUAUGUGAGCGUCUCACGGCCAGAUUAGAAGAAUACUGCGAAGAAAAUGGACUUCCUCGGCCUGACCCUCCACAUGUUGCCAAACGGCCUAGAAAACCGAAACCCUAUGUGCCUACCCUCCGCUCAGGUGCUUAUGCAUUACUGGUCGCGCUCUCGAGUUUUGAGGAAAGGUCGUCUGCCGGCGCAACAAAAGCACAGUUGAUUGACGCCGCCCAGCCGCACUGCGACACAUCAUUCACAGCGCCAGCUGAUACAACGAAGUUUUAUACUGCUUGGAACUCUAUGAAGACUCUUGUAGCGAAGGACCUUGUUUACGAGCAUGGCCGACCCUUGAAGCGAUAUCUGCUUACGGACCAAGGCCGAGAAACCGCAAAAUUAAUCCAAAAGGCUACAGAAAUGGGGAAUCCAUCUUCGAGGUCAGGCAAUACCGUAAUUGCAGAUUGCAGGUUCGGCCAGGAGGACCCAAAUGCCUCGCGAGGCUCUCUCAGAGAACCCCAGUGUAAUAGCCGGGUAUCUUCAGCGAUCACUUCCAGAAAUACGCUAUCUACCCGGCGCUCUGAUAUACUGGGUUUUUGUGAUUCUGAUAGUUUUUUGGAUGUGACACCUAGGGAAAAAUGCAACCCAAAUGCGACAAGGGCCGCAUCUCGCGGUUUUGAUGUACCGCGGCAGAUAGCGUCCUCGACGUCUGGUAUACCGAUUCCACUUGCAUCGCAGGAUUUUACGGUGGAGCUUGUCCUUGAUGUUCGAGAAAUCCGUACACCCAAGGACAGAGAUUAUAUCGCAAAUGAACUGAUCAGAAAAGGCAUUCAACCUAUAGUUCGUGCACUAGAACUAGGAGAUGCUUUAUGGGUCGCUAAAUUCAAGGAUCCAGAUCUCCUAGCGCAAUAUGGCGAAGAAGGGGACGAGAUCAUGCUGGACUGGAUUGUGGAACGAAAACGGCUGGAUGACCUUGUCGGAAGUAUUAAGGAUGGGCGAUUCCACGAACAAAAGUUCCGUUUGCGCCGAUCAGGGAUCAAGAAUGUAAUAUACUUGAUCGAGGAGUUUGCCAUCACAGACUCGUCUAGCGCAAGCGCGGCCAGUACUCGCGAAGCCGUGGCCUCGGCCAUUGCCUCAACACAGGUUGUCAACGGCUAUUUUGUCAAAAGGACGCGGAACAUGGACGACACCAUUCGAUACCUUGCUCGCACGACGUCGCUUCUGAGAACAAUGUUCAGCGAUCCGGCUCAAUCUUCCCUUUGCCUCAUCCCGACGAGCAGUAUAACCUCUGUUACGUCUUAUCUCGAUAUCCUCAGUCAAUUCCGCGCUGAAGACAAUGUAGCUGGGCUGGCCCAUAGCGCCGAGAAGACAACAACUUACGCUGUCACCUUCUCAACUUUUUCUACGCUCUCAUCCAAAUCGGAUAUGCUUACCCUACGUGACCUUUUCCUGAAGAUGCUUAUGUGCACUCGCGGCUUGACGGGGGAGAAAGCGUUAGAAAUUCAACGCCGUUGGUCCACACCACGGCAAUUUGUCGAGGCGUUGGAGGCUGCGGACACCGGAGGCGAACAAGGGAAGAAGAAAACGGAAGAGCUAGUUUUCUCAGAGAUGGGCGGGUUGGUUGGGAGAAAGAAGGUCGGUAAGGCGUUGAGUAAGAAGAUUGCGGAAGUCUGGGGUAAACAGGGGUAG